AGUAAUACUGAUGCGUAAUUCAACUCUCAAUUUAGUUUACCUAUUUAAUGUUAAAUUCAUAUUAUUCAUAAAUAAUAAAAUGGCAUAUUCUUUAUUGAUUAAUGAUGAUGAAUUCUGUUUACCGCCCAAUAACAUAUCAGACAAAUUAAGUGAUACGGAGACAGUUGAAAGACACAAAACUAUAAUAUUAACUGUUGUUUCACGAGCCGCUGAAGCAGCCAGUAUAAUACUUGACCAAACUGGUAUAAUCCAGGUUGUAACAAUUGGCCAAAACUAUUUGCGUGUACUUUAUGACUUAAAUCAAACUAGUCCUGCAUUAUUUAUUCAAGUAUUAAAAAAAAUGGGCUUUCUAGUGUCUUUUGAGCCAGAAAAACAAACUGAAGUCACCAUACAAGUAGAAGGCAUGAAAUGUAACUCAUGUGUAAAAAAAAUUGAAGGCUGUGUUCGAGAAAAAAAUGGCGUUUUUAGUGUUCAAGUGAAUCUUGAACAAAAAUGYGCUAAUAUUGUAUACGAUUCAAAUGCUAUAUCAGUUUUUGAACUUCAAUCAAUAAUUGCAGAGUUGGGUUUCACAGUGCCAAUUCACCAAACUACAUCUGUGAUAAAAGUUGAUGGAAUGUCUUGCAAAAAUUGUGUGCGGAACAUUGAAAGUAAAAUUGGAGCGUUAAAUGGAGUUGUGUCAGUGUCUGUUAGCUUAGAACAAAAAGAAGCAACUAUAGUCCAUCGCCCUGGGGACAUAAAUGAUUCACAAUUAGCAUCAGCCAUAUCAAAUUUGUCUACAAAAUUUAAGGUUUCUUUAAAAAAUCAAAAAAUUGAAGCUCCAAAUAAUGUGUUUAGUAUGUUUGUUCCUGAGGAUGAAUAUAGUAAAACAUACCUUAACAUCAAAGGCAUGACAUGUGCAUCUUGUGUUAUUGCUAUUGAAAAACACUGUCUUAAAAUUAAAGGUACUAUUUAA